AUGUGGCAUACACUGAGAUUAAACGCGCUAUUGAUUGCCUCUUCGUAUACCACCGCAAGGGUUGCCGAGAUAUUCGCCAAUCAGAGAGAGCUGGAGAAGCAGACUAAGCUUUUGACGCAACACACGGAGGUUCUAUCCAAAGAGACCGAUCAGUGGCAAAACAUGGUGGAGAGCUUCAACGAUGCACUCAAGGAAAUUGGAGACGUUGAGAACUGGGCACGCGUGAUGGAGAAUGAUCUGAAAAUCAUUGCGGAUGUGGUGAAACAAGUCAACAAAGAGCCUGAGCCCGAGGAAGAGCUGUCGGAAUAG